AUGACCGCCGAAGAUAUACGUGAAACUGCCUCAGAAACUUCGUUUUUUUCAGUGUCUCGCUUAGGCUUUCAGCAAGCCAUAGACCGCAUUCUGCCCAGCGCAUCGCUGUGGAAGUCUUCUGAAAGCAAAUUCGAUGUUACCAAAAAAGGUGUUCCCUCAAAUGGAUGGCCGUUUAAGCAUUCUCGCGUUUCCCUGAUAAGCAAUUCUCACUUUGACUGUGUUAUUCAGAAGGAUAGGAAAAAUAAAGCUAUUGAUGACAAAGGUGAUAUAUGUGAACAGUGUGAGGCUAUGAUGGUCGCAUUUACGACAGAAUUGUUUGAUAAUAACGAACCAAAAUUUGCGAAAUACUUUGGAAACGCGUUUGCAUCAUGGCUGGUUUUUGAAUUGGUGGACAAACUAAGUGUAAAUUAUAUCGACGCAAAAUGGUUUCUAUGGAAUAGGAGAAACUUUAGCGAAAAAGAUAGUCUUCAGUACGAUGCCGACGAUGUUAUUAAAAAGAAUAACUGUCACUGA